AUGCAGGCUGGCUCUGACCCAUUGUCAAUACUAGCAGCUGAGCAGGAGGAGAAUAUCCUCAAAGCACAAAAGGCACGUGAAGCAGCUGAGGCAGAGUCACAACAGCAACAACAACUUUUACAUAAUGGCAUGCGACGAAUGAAUCUGUUUGAGGAGGAGGAGCGAAGAUUGGAAUCAAUAACAAAACUGCAUCUGCAUGAUCCCAACAACAUUGGCAUCAACGCCAAUAUCAACUCACUGGAGAUCAAGGACAAGUCCAAGAUCACAAAGAAGAAGUGGAUCAAUGCCCUAUGCACUGUGAACUUUGAUCUAGAGAUUGGGCAAAUACUUGAUUAUAGUCAUCCAAAGCUCACAAUGAGAGAGGAGGAGAUUAAGAACUUAUGCUUCCUCUCAUUCCCAGACUCCAAUUCACAUCUUCAAGGCGAUAUUAUAUACUCAUUCAAACUGAAGUGUCGCAAUCAAGACGAUUCAGUGGACAAUCUAAAUGGAAGCGGAAAUGGCAAUCAUGCCAACAACAACAACAAUAACAAUGGCGCGAAUAACAACAACAUCACUCAUUCAUAUCAAUAUGGUUAUGUGUUCUUUAGACAAGAGAAGGACCCAUCACUGCCUCGUGGCUAUCUCCAAAAGUCAGUGGUGCUUCUCAGCGACGAACACUUUGUUGGCCUGUUCAAAAAGGUGAUGGAGAUCAUCGGUCCGCUCUACUUCCAGCAUGGCGAGACACUGUUAGAGGUGGCCUAUCAGAACAUGAUGUCAUGGCCCGAGUUGCGCCUCGGCCAGUCAUACGAGCUGCCCAUCCUCGGAUCGAUAUUCAACUUCCACGUGCCCUACACAACAGGCGCGCCACACAUAAUCGACCCGGUCAUCACACAGCAACAGAUGCAGUCACUCAAAGCUGACAUCUCACAGGUGUCCGUGAGCAAUCUCCAAUCGAUCGACCUAUACACCUCGUUCAAGGGCUUCCCAUCCAAGCUCUGGAUGCUCUGGGAGAUGGUGUUGCUUGGACAUCCGAUCAUUGUCGUGUCGCCCACUCCACCAACCUCCUCGGAUGCCGUCCUCGCCCUCGUCAGCCUAAUCUCUCCACUCAACUACUGUAAUGAUUACCGUCCCUACUUUACUAUCCAUGAUCCCGACUUCCACAAGUAUACCGCAACAUCCACAUCAACAUCAACAUCAAACAAGACCGAUCCACCCGCGUCCAUCAUUGGCGUAACCAAUCCCUUUUUCCUGAAGGCCCUAUCACACUGGCCAACAAUAGUAUCAAUUGGUUCAACUCCAAAACUUGGAAGGACACCUACAUCAUCACCAAAAGACAGAACAAUACAACAAGCGCUUCAACAAUCAUCAUCAUCAUCUCAAGAGAACAAUGAUCAAAAGGUCGUAACCGAAUUCAAGACACAUACUUCGCCCGACAAGGCAAUACUCAAGAAGAUCACCGAUACUCAAGCCACUUGCAUGGCAUCGCACAAUGAGACCCUACGCAAACACUUCUUCCAACUCACUCUCAACUUCCUCAUCCCACUGGAGCGUUACUUCUCCUCACUUCUACCUUUGGCCAAGACGAUAUCAGUAUUCAAUAGACCACCAAAGUUAAAGAACUUUGAUACUAAACAGUUCAUUGAGACGUUACAAGAGGGCGAUGUUGCCUUUGUAUCAGAGAGCAAGAGUAAGGAUAUCGAGCUGUAUAAGGAGUUCUUGGAGACAGCCAACUUUAAGAACUGGCUGGAUGAGAAGAGAAGAGAGGCGACCAGACAUCUCAACCUACUCUAUCGCAAGGCCAUCCUCGAGUCCAACAUCCCAGCACUACUUAAGAACAAAUCGCCAUCAGUUGCACUAGACCUUUACAAACGCGUCUAUGAUCAAUUGAUACUUGAGGAGAUACUGUUCCAGACACCAGAGGACAUUAGAGCAAGGAUAAAGGAUCAUCUCGAACAGAUACGUCCAUAUCUUCCACAAUGA